AUUCCAAACGGAUCCUGACCCACUAGUACAAAAAGGCUCUUCCUCUUAUCCAACUCACAGACUCGAUCAUCGUGGAGAUUCUUCAUGAGAAGAGGUGGAAAGAUCCAAGAGCUGAGGAAGUAGUGUGCUGGUGGAGCUGUAGAUCAGUUCGGCACAAAAACAUCACAAAAACAAACCAUCCGUCUGCAGGUCUCUGCAGUUCGGUCGUAUAGAUUGUAUGCAGAGGAGCAGAAGGUGGAGAAUUUGAGGCCGUCUUCACGUGAAAUCGAAGCUGGUAUAAGGGUUUUAGCGAUGGCAACCAGGGGCAAAGCGGUGCUGUUCGUCCUCGUGCUGGGAUUGUCUUGUGCGGCCGCUUUGGACUUCUCCAAAACCGGUUACAACCCAAACGAUCUCGAAUCGGAAGAGAGUUUGAGAACUUUGUAUGAGUCAUGGGCGGCGCAGCACGAGAGACUGCACUCGAGCCCCAGCGAGAAGGAGCUGCGAUUCCAAAUCUUCAAAAACAACGUCCGAUACAUCGACGACCACAACAGACAAGCCGCUGACGGUGGCUACUUGCUGGGGCUGAACAAGUUCGCGGAUUUGACUCACGAGGAGUUCAAGAGCGCGUAUGUGGGAUCGAAAUUCGCCAGGAAGAGGGCGAGAACGGAUGCUUUCAGGUACGCGGAUGUGGCUGCCGUUCCCAAGGCCAUCGAUUGGCGCUGGAAAGGGGCCGUCUCUUCGGUCAAGGACCAGGGAAAAUGCGGAAGCUGCUGGGCUUUCUCUACGGCCGGUUCGGUCGAGGGUAUCAAUCAGAUCUACACGGGCAGAUUGCAGUCUCUCUCGGAGCAGGAGCUCGUCGAUUGCGACACCAAGUAUGACCAGGGCUGCAAUGGCGGGCUCAUGGACAAUGCGUUCGAGUUCCUCAUCCAGAACAGGGGCCUGCACACCGAAGCUGCGUAUCCCUACCAUGCAGCUCAGGGCAAAUGCGUCCGGGACAAGCUGAAUUCGCCCGUGGUGACGAUCGAUGAUUACCAGGAUGUGCCCGAGAACAGUGAGGACGAUCUGAUGAAGGCCCUCGCCCAUCAGCCCGUAAGCGUUGCGAUCGAAGCAGGCGGUCGGGACUUCCAGCUCUACUCGAACGGGGUGUUCACGGGUGUGUGUGGCACCAACCUCGACCACGGAGUGCUGGCGGUGGGAUAUGGAACUGAGAGUGGCAAGGAUUACUGGAUCGUGAAGAACUCGUGGGGGCCGAACUGGGGUGAGGGAGGCUACGUCAGGUUGGAGAGGAACAUCGAUGCCCAGCAAGGGAAGUGCGGAAUUGCCAUCGAAGCGUCGUUCCCGAUCAAGACGGCUCCCAACCCCGAGCCGUCCAACCCCAGCCCCCCGCCCGCACCCAAGCCCGACGUCAAGUGCGACGGUUCCUACUCGUGCAAUUCCGGCAGCACCUGCUGCUGCGUGUUCAGCCUGGGAAGGCACUGCUUCUCAUGGGGCUGCUGCGCCCUGGAGUCCGCGACUUGCUGCAAGGACCACCAGCAUUGCUGCCCCGCCGAGAAGCCCGUCUGCAACACCAGAAACGGACAGUGCCUGCAGUCCAAGCACGACCUGUUCGGAGUGCCCAUGCUCAAGCGCGUUCCCGCCAAGCUCAACACGGAGCUGAGAAUCGACGGAUCCUCCGCGUCACAGUAGCGGGAAUCAGUCCCGAAGGCCGUGCACGGAUUGGUGCAGGGAGGCAUCACAAUUCCUCGAAUCCAUAACACCCUCUGACAUCUCCGUUGUACCAAAUUUAUUAUUUAGAGCUGUCUUUUACGACCUCCGCAUUGAUGUGAAAUUCGACGUUUCAGUUUGUUCUUUUCCGCGAGCAUGAUCCGUAGGUGGUGGCCCCGGCGUCCAUUAAUCUGCUGGACGUGGACAUGUGUAAUUUAGUUUGGUGAUUGCCAGACAGCCUGUGUAUUUGUAUUCUAGGUGAUUACCGGGUAAUCUUGCCCAAUCUGCGCCGUUUCAGCCUGACAUGCGAAUUAAAGACUCUGCCGCUGCUUGUCCACCGAAUCCUCGAGGGGUACAAGGCAAUCGAGCAGAAGCAAGAGCAUGUUGCAACUCCCUAGCCGGGGCAGUGCCACUCCUCACAGUCGGGGCCUUUCAGUGAAUCCUGUAACUUUUCCUUCUGUACAUCAAGUGCCCACCUGGCAGUUCUUAUCUACUGUAUCUCCUGUAGUCUUUGU